CAUGACGCGUGCGGCGUCGAGGCGGCGCGCCUCUACUGCCGCACGGACGCGGCGUUCCUAUGCGCCGGGUGCGACGCGCAGGCGCACGGCGCCGGGUCGCGCCACGCGCGGGUCUGGCUCUGCGAGGUUUGCGAGCACACGCCGACGGUGGUCACGUGCCGCGCGGACGCUGCCGCGCUCUGCGCCUCCUGCGACGCCGACAUCCACUCGGCGAACCCGCUCGCGCGCCGCCACGAGCGCCUCCACGUGGCGCCCUUCUUCGGCGCGCUUGCCGAUGCGCCCAAGCCCUUCGCCUCGGCGGCAUCGCCCAAAGCAACUGACGACGACGGGAGCAACGAGGACGAGGCGGCGUCGUGGCUCCUCCCCGAGCCCGACCACGGGCAGAAAGAAGGCGCCACGACAGAGGUGUUCUUCGCAGACUCCGACCCGUACCUCGACCUCGACUUCGCGCGUUCCAUGGACGACAUCAAGACCAUCGGCUUCCAGCAGAGCAGGCCACCAGAGCUCGACCUCGCCGGCACCAAGCUCUUCUACUCCGCUGGCUGGCAGGACGCGCUGCGGGAGGAGGUAGAGCGUGGGCUCAGUCUGGCACGGGCCACUAAAUGGGUCGUGCUAUUUGGGCCGGCUCGGCACGGUCGGGUCUACACCGUGUCGUGCUCGUGA